ACGGGGGUGAAGAUCAACGAAAUAUACAACCACCCCAACCAGAAGGCGACGCUGCAGUUCAUCAGUGGGUUUGGGCCCAGAAAGGCCAAUGCGCUGAUCGAGAACUUGGAGAAGGACGGAGGCUACCUGGUCAACCGACAGGAGCUGAUCACACGCCAGUAUAUGGGGUAG